GUGUUGUGGCAAUGACAUCAAAUUUUUAGAUAAUUUUGUGUUAAGAUGAAGUACAAAGUAAAAAGUUUUAUAGUGUGUAUAAGACUGGAAGGUGAAUUCACUGACAUUGUGUACCAUACCUUUGGCAAAGUUCCUAAAGGAGACCAAGUGAUGAAAGGUAAAGAAGAUUGGGUAAAAGAUGAACAGAAUUGUAGUCCUCAACGGGAAUUUAAAGAGUCUACAAAAGAUACAAUAGGGAAUUACACUCUUCUACCAUCAGACACUCCUACAGGAAGAAGUAAACAAACUUACAACUUUUUUUUGACUGCCUUGAAGUUAGAUGCCCAUCUAGCCUCAUGUCUCAUAUUUGAAUUUAAACUUUUUCCACAGUUUAGGGAGAGAUUAUUUAGAUUUUUUAAAAAGAAUUACAACUCUCAACACACGAUAGUGAAUUUUAAUGAACAGGACAUGGAAGCACAUACAACGACAAUAAAGGAACAAAAUAAAUAUGUGAUAUUUGAUUAUGUAGUGGAAGUAUACCCAGUUUAUCCCAAACAGAAAGUGGACUAUGCAUGGAGCUAUAGGUUAGGAGCUCAGAUGGUGAGGAGAAUGCUCCUGGAGGAGGCAUUUGCCUGGUUUUCUACUCUUGGAGGGGCAUACUCCUCCCUGGGGGACUGUUUUCCUAGAUUUGCAGAAGAGGCCGGUAGAAUCGCCAUGAAACAGUUGAGAAUAGCAGAAGAGGAGGAAAAUCCCAUUCUAGAAUGCAAAGCAAAGUUAUUUUUUGCCCAGAGUUUGAUGCAAAGGGGAUACACUGCAGAAUCUCAAAGGAUAAUAAGGGCCCAGACAGUAUUUGCUAAGAGAAUGAUUGAAGUGGAUAGUAAAUUGUUGACAAUGUGCCAUGCUUUGAGGAAACGAUGGAAAUAUGUUAACAAUAACAAGUUAACUUUAUGAUGAAAUAAUCAAAACUUAUUUGUUAGUAAUGUUAUUUUAAACAGAUUGAAGUUGUUAAAAAAAUUCUUUUUUUAAAUUCUUUAUUAACUUGUGGCAUUUUGUAUGUUAUGAGUAUGCACUACUGUAGGAAAUUAACCUACAUAUUCAUGGAAAUAAAAACUCUGUGAAUUCAA